CUAGACGCGUGGUGACUCCGCUUACCGAAAAGCAUUUGGAAAUGAAGGAAGUCUGAAAUAAUUAUUUGUAUAAGAUGUUUGUGUAGAAGAAGUAGGAAAGAGACGAAGGACUCAGUGAAGUUGACAAAACAGAGGUCUAUUUAUUUUGAAAACUCCGUGUUUGAAGCAGUUUCCGGUAAUGUCUGCAGUGGGUUGCGUACCUUAGCUCGCGAUGGCUCAACCUGAAAACGCCAACCCUCUGGUGUUUCAACGAUCGAAAGAAAGACAGAUCUUGCCCGAAGAAGAGGAUGACAACGUUGUUGAUAAGAUUGAUGACAGAGAAGUAUUUGACUUGAUUCGAAGUAUUAAUGAUCCUGAACAUCCUCUUUCUCUUGAGGAACUGAAUGUUGUGGAGGAGUCAAAAGUCAAAGUUGAUGAUGAUCGCAAUGAAGUGGAUAUUAGUUUUACCCCAACCAUUCCGCAUUGCUCCAUGGCUACACUCAUUGGAUUGGCUAUCCGAGUUAAGCUCUUACGAACUCUCCCAGCACGCUUUAAGGUUCAAGUUGAGAUAACUCCUGGCAGCCAUGUAUCGGAAAAAGCAAUUAACAAGCAGCUGGCUGACAAAGAAAGAGUUGCUGCUGCCCUAGAGAAUCCUCAUCUUUUGAAUGUCAUCAACCAAUGUCUUGGAGGGCGUCCACAGUGAUCUGAUGUUUAUGGCUGGCUGGCAAUGCAGUCCAUGUGAGCAUAAAUACAAAAGAGCAUAACCCAGGGGUGGGUAACAUGACAUAUACAAGUGGAAUUUGUGGCAACUCAUCAUUUCCUUCAUGCGCUCGUCUGCUUACCUGCUGUUUUCCUUAAUGGGAUUUUGGCUGUGCCAUGGAAAGAAAAACAAAAUGCAGAUAUUGCAGAGCCAAAUGUCCAAAGGAAAAAAAAUGAAAUAGUUCAAUAUUUAUCAUACAACUUGAUUUUCAGGUGUACUUGGUAAAUAUUUGGUCAUGUGCAUGGGAAUGCAUGAAAAGAAUUGGAAUAAAAUUCUUUUCAGCUGACAGUUUAUAGGAGUCAGGAAAGACUUAAAUUGUGACCUCUUAGAAAAUUUGAAAAAUGAUUUCCAGUCUCUGGAAAUGUCAGGACACUAAGAAACACCUGAAAAAAAAAAUUUAAAAAAAAGGAAAUUUGCUGUUUAUGAUUAUUUGUCAAGAUUUUUGAAACAGUCAGUAUGAAAGAGAUAUUAUUCUGAAAUGGGCCAGAAUUCAACGAGAAUAGUUUUCACUGCUGGUUUGGAGAAAGAUGAAUUUCACCAGCUUCUGAUUUGCCCUCUACACACUAAUAUAUGAUCCAACAACAAACUUUAAAAA